AUGCGAACUCGAUCGAGUCGAAAAACUGAGGACUUGAUCGAGCUAGACUUCAACACGGGCAGAAAGCAAAGUCAGAGAACUCAGAGGGUACAAGCUGAACCAGAGGUGGUUGUUACUGAAACCAUGGAUGUACCAGAGGGUAAUGGAAACUCUUAUGGUAAUGGACUCGGUCGAGCUAGGCAAACUCGACCGAUUGGUCUAGGAGAUGCUCCAAACCACCAUCAACAAAGACAAGAGAUUGUCCCACCACCUGUGCAGAACCACAACUUUGAGAUCAAGCUGGGAAUGAUCAACCUUGUGCAGAACAUGCAAGAUGUUCCAUGGAUUGCCAGGUGA